GUAGCGAGCAACGAGAGGGGGAGACAGAAUCUGGUAGAGACGGGCAUUUGUAUUGAAGCUUCUCAGGGACUAUCAACAGGGAGUAUAUCCGCGCAAGAGAAAAGAAUUGGUAUGAGAGCCGACAGAAUCCGCUCCCAUCCUUCGUUACCUAGGCUCCAGUGUGACUGACAACCAACGGAUCAGCACCACCGCCGAACCAGUUAUCGGAUAAACCUAGUAUCGGCGAACUCUGAAGGCCAUGGAGCUGAGAGUGGGAAACAAGUACCGACUCGGAAGGAAAAUAGGGAGUGGGUCCUUUGGAGACAUCUACCUGGGUGCCAACAUUGCCACGGGUGAAGAGGUGGCCAUCAAGCUGGAAUGCGUAAAGACCAAACAUCCCCAGCUCCACAUCGAGAGCAAGUUCUACAAGAUGAUGCAGGGAGGAGUGGGGAUACCAUCGAUAAAGUGGUGUGGAGCAGAGGGGGACUACAACGUGAUGGUGAUGGAGCUGCUGGGGCCCAGUCUGGAGGACCUCUUCAACUUCUGCUCCCGCAAGUUCAGCCUGAAGACCGUCCUGCUGCUGGCUGACCAGAUGAUCAGCAGGAUCGAGUACAUCCACUCCAAGAACUUCAUCCACCGUGACGUGAAGCCGGACAACUUCCUGAUGGGGCUGGGCAAGAAGGGCAACCUGGUCUACAUCAUCGACUUUGGCCUGGCCAAGAAGUACCGCGACGCCCGCACACACCAGCACAUCCCCUACCGGGAGAACAAGAACCUGACUGGCACUGCCCGCUACGCCUCCAUCAACACACACCUGGGCAUCGAGCAGUCGAGGCGUGAUGACCUGGAGUCUCUGGGCUACGUCCUCAUGUACUUCAACCUGGGCUCUCUGCCCUGGCAGGGCCUCAAGGCCGCCACCAAGAGGCAGAAGUACGAACGCAUCAGCGAGAAGAAGAUGUCCACCCCCAUCGAGGUGCUCUGCAAAGGCUACCCUUCCGAGUUCUCCACGUACCUCAACUUCUGCCGCUCGCUGCGCUUCGAUGACAAGCCCGACUACUCAUACUUGCGGCAGCUCUUCAGAAACCUGUUCCACAGGCAGGGCUUCUCCUACGACUAUGUCUUCGACUGGAACAUGCUCAAGUUUGGCGCCAGCCGGACAGCAGAGGACGGCGAGCGGGAAAGGAGGACGGGAGAGGAGAGAGACGAGCGUAUCGGAGGGGCUCCGCGAGGGUCCGCAGCACGGGGCCUCCCGCCGGGACCCAACCCCCCAGCAGCCAACAGAGUCAGGAACGGCCCUGAGCAGACCAUCUCCAACCCCGCCUCGCGGGUACAGCAGUCUGGGAACACUUCACCGCGGGCCAUCUCUCGUGCCGAGCGGGAGAGGAAAGUGAGCAUGAGGCUCCACAGAGGGGCUCCAGCCAACGUGUCCUCCUCUGACCUCACAGCCCGCCACGACCAGUCUCGAAUCUCCACGUCGCAGGUUAGCGUGCCGUUUGAGCACCUGGGGAAGUGAAUCUUCAAGCUCCACAUGCACACGAAAUGACAGUGCUUCAAGAGAUACCCUUCACUCCAGAGAUUUAGGUUUCCUUUUUUGUGCUUAUUUUUAUUAAAAAAAUGUUGCCAAUGGGACAGAGAAUGGAUGUUUCAGGUAUGGACAGUGAAUCUCAAAACUUUGAGAGGAGACUCAAGACAGUUUGUGUCAGACUAUGAGAAUAAGUCCCCUCCAUUCUCACUUUGGAAGCAAACCCCAAGGCUCUUGUCUACCACCACAGUAUAAGAGAAUGAAGGCACCCCCCCUCCUCCACCUUUUGUCCAUCCUCCACGUUGUCGUGUUGUGUGGCCUGAACAGCCCUGUAACACCCCCCCCUCCCCCCCUCUCAUGCUGGUGACAUAGCCCUGGACACAACAAGCAUGCUUCAAAUCAGGAUAAAUUAAUCCCGGGCAAGCGGAGAUUUAGCCGUUUCUGUUUACACUGCAAAGACCAAACCAAACACACACAAAUAUACCCAUGUACAUGUUUUAAUUGAUGCAUUUGUAGAAUAGUAAGAUACUGUACUCAUAGUCAUUAUUGGUUCCUGAUGAGUUCCAGGUUCAUGUACAAGUCUUUUGUUCUUUUUAAUUUGUGUGGAAAAGUACAGCUAAAAGAAGAAGGAUGGAGAGGUGCUGGUGGGGGAGACUGAGCGGUAUAGGGAGUGGUGAAAAGAAAGGAUGAGCAAGUGUUUUGUUUUAGCUGUAAAGCUGUGAUGGAGAGUAGAACUAGUUGGGCUAUCAGCUUAAUAUUUGUCUUACUGACUUGUUAAUCAUUAAGCCCAGUGUUAAGGCUAUGUGAACCCCAUGUGGAAAUAUUGACCACAGACUGAUGCUAGACUCCCAGUAUUUAAUCACUCCUUUUCAUCCACUUCAUGCUGACAUGCAUUCUUUCGUCCUCCAUUUUUGCUCACUUUGACAUCCCUUAGUUUUAGUUGUUCAAGUGAUGUUUAGUAGACUGAUGAAGGCAAAGUGACCUGGGUUUGUUAAGACAUUGUCUGAGGAGACUUGGGAGGGAAAAGAACCUCAAUAAUUUCUUAAAUGUGUUGAUCAGAGACUGCGACAAACCAUCCUGUCAGUGAUGGGGGCUAUGAUUCUUAUGAUUGUUCUUAAUGUCCACAAUUGUUCUUUUUUUCCCCUCAAUUUUGAUUAUUACUUGUAUUAACUGAGGUCUGGUAGGAAUGGGUGGGUUCUCUUAUGGCUGGAUUAAGGGGUGGGGCAGGAAGUAAAUAACUUCUUUUUUUAUUUUUUUUUACUUAACUGUAAAUAUUUGUUUUUCUAUUUCUGUGUAUAGACAAAAUGUGGUUGGUUGUUUCAAGGUGUAAUGUAGAAAAAAUGCGUUAAUCAGGAUCUGGGUUAAUUUUUGAACUAAUUAAAAGUACUAAAUUGGGAGUUGUUUUAGCCAUUAAAGUUCCAGUACACUGCCAGCUGGGUCCUAGAACUGGGCCACUGCCAUCAUUGUUGUGGUUUGUUAGUUUACAGGGUGUGUAGAAAUUAUGCAAGGACCUUAAAAAAUGCUUUCCCUGGUGAAACACCUGGACUGUCAUUUUGUGAGAUAAUUUCUUGUGUAUUUUCGUGUGUAUUUGUUUUCUCACUUUCUAACAAUUUUACAGAUUUUUGGUUGGCAGAGUAGUAGUUUUUCCAAUCAUACUUUCUUUUUCAAGCUUGGAUGACACUUUGUUCAUGGGGCCUGCCUUCAAGGCUAAAGCAACAUUUUAUAGAAUUGCUUUCUUAAUAAAAAAACAAAACGAAAAAAAAAAAU